ACGAAAAAUAUUCUUAGUGAUUUAACGAUAGAAUAACACGUAUAAAAAUUAAUGAAUCUUUGUGUUGAGAUCUGACGAAAAAAUCGAGAAGAAAUAAGUCGUAUAAAAAGAUUUAUUUCGAAUCGAUCGGAAGGUGCAAUGUGCAAGGUGCCAUAUUCGUGAUGGGGAAAAAGCUACUAGACAGCUGAUCGUACGCAAGGCGAGAACAAUCAAAUUGCAACGAAGCGUCUCUUGUCGCGAUUGUAAAAGCCGAUCGGUUCGUGACCGAGAAGGAUUUAUUCGAACGAGUUAGUUAAAAUUCAAUACGCGAUCUCCACUUAUUUUUCGACGAUCCAAGAGUGACGAUAUUCUCGUGUAUGUACACUUGUCGCAUCCUCGUUCUACGUUAUCGAUCGAGCACGUGUGAGAGAGAGAGAGAGAGAGAGAGAGAGAGAGAGAGAUACGGUAACGUUAGUCGACGAGAUACACUUGUUCGAAAAUAAAAAGAAAAGGCUUCCUCCUUCUGUAUGCCUUCCUCUCGAGAAAUUUUCAAGGAUAACCAGUAUCGUAUUCUGUAACGAAUGAUGUAAGCCCGCACCUUUUGUCUUUCUUCGCUGGCCGUUAGAAAUCUCAACGCGUCUUCUUAUUCUUCCUCCUCGUCGUUGUCGUCGUCGUCGUCGUCGUCGCCGUCGUCGCCGUCAUCGUCGUGCGUGCAUGCGGCGUGAAUGCGCGCGCGCGCGCACGUGCGUUGCGUACAUAGGUGUGUUUGUAGUGAGUGAACACCGUGGGUGAGCUCGUCGUACACCCACUUACACAGGUGGCUUCCUUUUUCAUUCACACCGCGCGGCUUCGUGCAAAGACGGCAGUAGUAGAAAAGAUCUCUUGGAGAAGGAUUUCCUUCUUGCUUACAGCAGUACGUGCCACGAUGACGCCAACAACGUUACUACUAUUUUCAUCCUCGAUGAAUUCGAUCAUUCUUCUUUUCCUCGUCGCUCUUACAAACGCCAAUUAUACGGACAUUAAUUUGCCGGCGAGUCAUAUGAGAUAUUACUUUCAUUCUUUUCCCACGGUGGCCGAAAAGUGCCGAAACGAUACAUCCUGUCCGUAUAAGUUCUCGUCACAGGACAGUUUUAAUGCCAAAGCAUGCUGGGGUUAUGAGAUCGAAUGUAAAGAAGAAAAUUCCUUUUCCGUUCCCCACUGUCCGGGUGAUCACAAAGGAUGGGUCGCGACGAAAAAAGCGCAAUUAGACACGUUCUAUGCACAAGGAGAUUUUGGCUAUGUACGAGAUCAAAGAAGAGAAAUGAUUAUGAUGUGCGAGCCUCUUUUUGCCGACGACACGUCGUUGGAAUGCUCCGAACAUAUGAGAUUCUGUCGAGCUAGGAACGUAUUAUUAAAUUUCACGGAUCUUCUAUACAGAAAGGAACCUAUAAGAUAUAAAAUGGAUGUUUUGAAGGAAGGCCAAAUCGGUGGUUAUUGCACGCUGAACGAAAGGAAGCUACAAGAACACGCGGAUCAUAUUAGCCCGCUACAAUCCUGGGGACCGGAGUUACGAAAUUUUCGUAGAUUUCAUCGACGUCCGAUCGUUGAAGGCGAUUGCGAUAUCGUUAUAGAAAAACCUACCUACAUAAUGAAAAUAGAUGCCAUAGUAAACAUGUAUCAUCAUUUUUGCGACUUCUUCAAUCUGUACGCCUCGUUGCACGUCAAUCUUUCGCAUCCAACCGCCUUCAGUACGGACAAUCAUAUAAUGAUUUGGGAAAGUUACAGUUAUCGAUCGGCCUUUCAAGAUACGUUCGAAGCUUUCACGAGCAAUCCACUGUGGGAUCUAAAAACGUUCCGCGGUGAAACAGUUUGCUUCCGGAAUCUCGUAUUUCCAUUACUACCGCGAAUGAUAUUUGGACUUUAUUAUAACACGCCUCUCAUUUAUGGCUGCGAGAAGAGUGGUUUGUUUAAAGCUUUUGGAGAUCACGUAUUACACAGACUCAAAAUACCUCUGCUCCAAAGAAAAAAUGAGAAAAUACGUGUAACCCUACUCAGCAGAGAUACUCAAUAUAGGAAAAUAUUAAACGAGGAAGAAUUGGUAGAAGCUUUGAAAGAAAACAAAGAAUACGAAGUUCGAAAGGUGGUUUAUAAUAAGAAAGUAUCUUUUAAAAAACAACUUCAAAUCACGAGAAAUACCGAUAUAUUCAUCGGUAUACACGGAGCGGGACUAACUCAUCUAUUGUUUCUACCUGACUGGGCUGCCGUUUUUGAAAUAUACAAUUGCGAGGAUCCCAGCUGUUACAAAGAUCUUGCGAGAUUACGAGGUGUUAAAUAUUUUACGUGGGAAGACAAUUCUAAAUUAAUUCAACAAGAUCCUGGUACACAUCCCGACGGUGGUGCUCAUGCCAAAUUUACGAAUUAUCAUUUUGAGGUUAAAGAGUUCCUACGUAUUGUUUCUCUGGCUAGUACACACGUGAAACAUCAUAACGCUUUCAAAGAUUUCUUAAGUAACAAUAUGAUUCAAAAAGAAAAAAUACAUAGUAAAACGAAGAAGAAAGAUAAUAAAGUACUCGAAACGUCGGAGGAGGAAAGAGUGUCUAAAGUACAACAUAAACGUUAUACCCAAUCUAAGGACGAAUUAUGACGAAUUUAGGAAGAUAAAUUUCUUAAUGAAAAAAGAAAAAAAAAAAAAAAAUACUAAACAACGGGUAUACCGUCGUCAAACACUGUAAUUACAAAUACACAGAGGAAACGCUUCGUUACCAGUUAAAACUAUUUUACUUAUUUUUUAUACCGAUGUACAUACAUAUUUGUUUUGAUAAAAAAGAAAUAAAUAUGAGACGUUUCUCGAUAUGUCUGUGCAAUGGCACGUGGCAGUGAUCAUUUUCUUCAAUUGAUUUAUUAAUUACAGGGUCGAGUCAUUGAUUGUAAUUAAAUAUAUAUAUAUGUAUAUAUAUAUACAUAUUACAGAAGUAAAUUUUCUGCUAUUAGGUUAUGGAGGAUAUCAUUUUCUAUGAUAUAUUAUUGAGCAUUGACAGUAUACACGGCAUACAUCUUCUCUUUCAUUGUAUAACAGAUAUCGUAAACAAAUUUCAUCUGAUAAUAACUUUGUACAUUUUACAGUUUAAGUUGCACUUGCCAUCUGUAUAAUAUUAAAAUGAAAAGUAUAUUUACAGCCGUGUAUGCGAUUAUUAUCUGAAGAGCUACAGUUUUUCCAGCGUAUAACGUUGAUAUAAGUAAAUUAAUAAGACCUGUUAACAUGUUAGACGACAAGAAAAAAACAAGUCCAUUGUAAUUAACAGCCUCGAAAAUUUCUAAAGUUCUUUUAAUCGGACUAUCGACAGAUAAAUCCUGCAAACUAUCUUGCUUCAUAUCGUGCUUAUUUUCUCGUCUAGUUUUAAAACCA